AUGUUCUCAGGGACCGAUGCCGUCCUGAUUCCGCCCCGGGUGCGGGAUGGCGAGCCCGACGUGGCGACGGUUGCGAUCGGCGAGGGUGCGCCGGGAGAGCUGGUGGUGACUUGCAGGGUCUGUCAGCGCGCUCACGCCAAGUACACGUGCCCGCGGUGUUUCAUGCGAUACUGCGGGCUUCCCUGUUAUAAGGCGCACGAUGGACGCUGCGUGGAGUCCUUUCACGGCGAAAACUUCGGCGACGCCCUGAAAGGGACGCGAGCCGAAGACGAAGGGAAAAAGCGCAUGACGGAGAUACUCGCCAGGUUCGCCAAGAUGGACGCGGGUGACGCGGGUUUUCAGGGCGACAAGGUGGAUUCCGACGACGAUGACGAGGAGGGGGACGAGGAUGAUGCCGGCGCGUCGGCGCCGUCUUCGUCGGGGGCGUGCAUCCUGUCGGAGGCGAACCUCGAAAAGCUGGCCAGGGGUGAGGAGCUGUGCGCGGAGGACCUCUCCCCUGAGGAGCGCGCGGCGUUCGAACGCUCGGCGGCGACGGGCGAGCUGAGUCACAUGGUCGAACCGUGGAAGGCGUGGUGGACGCUUCCCGAGGCGACCGACAUCGUCCUGGCCAGCGACGGCGGCAGGCUCGUGCGAGAGGUCGGGUCCCGGGUUGGAUCCGCGGUGAACGACGAGUCGCCGGCUGUCCCGCCUCCGCCGGACGAAUCCCUCCCGCCCCUCUCGCGCCUCACGCCAGUGAAACCCUCCCUCAGCUUACGGUGGCACCUACUCGACGUGCUCGGCGCGUACACCCUGACGUUGAGAGCGCACGACGGUGACUGGAGCGCGGAUCCCCUCGCCGCCGUCGCCGCCCUCCUCUCGCUCUCCGCGGUUCUCGCCGCCGGCGCGGCGCGACCGAGCCGGGGAACGGGCGGGGCGGGGGACGCGGCGUCGACGGACCUUCCGUGCACGGCCGCCGCCGCUCUGCACGGCGUCGGAUCCAGGGCUGCAUCGAGCGCGAGCGGCGUCAUGGCGGCGGCCGCGGCUGCCGUUUCCGCGGGCGGCAUGACGCGCGACAUCCUCUCGUUGCUGCGCGGGGGUCGCGGCGCCGUCGUCGUCGCCCUCGCAGACACGCGGCGAAUGGUCCUCGCGGCGGCGGCGGAACUGUCCGAGCGCGGCGCGGUAGAUGACGUGAAUGUCGUGAGGGGACGCGGAGGUCGACUCGUUCGCGGCGCGGGCGGGGGUAGGUCCAGGCUGUCUCGCGGCGCGCUGUCGCGGCUGGAGCGAAAGGUUUUCUUCCUGCUCUGCUGGGUCAACGGGCUGACAGACUCCGCGCGCGGCGGUGAGGACGACCGCGCGGACGAGGGGGUGUUCGAGAUACUGCGGGGAAGACUGGAGCACGAGCUGAGGGCGAAAAAAGAGGCUGAGGAGGUCGCUGCGACGCGCGCCGCGGUGGUGCACACUUCGCAGAAGCUGGUGGCGGAAGUGGUCCAGCAGUAA